UGAAUGCCGAGGGCAGCGGCAAGCAGCUCUAAGACUGUAUAGAAAAGAGAUAAACAUAGAAUCAGAUCUAUUAUAUUUCUACUGCGCUGUAUGUGUUUAUAGGGAGGAUGGCGUUGGCUUCCUGCGAUUUUCAGGGUCAGUUUAUAUAUGAUAACAAUCAGAUAUGGAAUGGUGCAACAUCACAAACUGGACCAGAAGCGUCUACAGUGCCCCCUGGUGGUCAGUACACAUACUCUGCUCCUGAUUUGACCACGUGCCAAAUAAAGAAUGAAGACACAUCCUGGGACCUAGAAUUCCUGAAAAACAACCGUUUAGAUCUGGCAAUUGAUGUUGGAUACUCCUCAGAGAUGCCAGUCACCCAAGGUCACAUCCUGGGAAUCACUAAUAUGUGCCAGUCUGAUAUCUUCGAUACCCUGCUCCAGUCCUUUGAAAACAAUUGCACAGAUCCUGUAAUUUUAGAUGUACAUUCAGUGGAGGUACCCCAGACUGAGGGAUCAACCAAUAUCAAUCAAUCUAACCAACACAUAGACAUCAAUUACUCCAUGCAGCAAUCUAUGGGGUAUGUGUAUUCACUGCCACCUAAACAAGAUCUCUUAUCAACUGGAAUUCCCAGCACCCACUUCUCUGCAAACCCUGUUCCAAUUUUACCAAAAACAACGUUUUCUGUUCUUGACAGCCAAUCUUACCAGCCUUUUUCCUCCAACAUGUCCUACUACAUAUUACCACAACCAUCCAACCAGAGCAGUACGCAAUCCAUGGCUUAUACACUGAAGGAAAAAAAACGAAAACCAGGAAGACGAACAUCAAACAGAAAUGUCACCUGUCACAGCUGUACCCAUGAUGGAUGUGCCAAAACUUACACCAAGAGCUCACAUCUGAAAGCACAUCUACGUACACACACUGGUGAGAAGCCCUAUGUAUGUGAAUGGGAUGGUUGUGGUUGGAAGUUUGCCCGUUCUGAUGAACUCACCCGCCAUAUACGAAAACACACAGGCGUUCGCCCUUUCCAUUGUUUCAUGUGUGAGCGAACUUUUGCCCGGUCUGACCAUUUGGCUCUGCAUAUGAAAAGACAUGCUGUUAAGGAAACAUUAUGAAGAAUAACAAGAAGGAAAUAAGAAAAAAAAUUGUGGUCAUCAGCUGUAUGUCAGGACUCCUGUUAUUAUAGCACUUUCCGUAACAUUCUGAUAUAUACAUUCUGCUAUAUGUAUAUAAUACCUCCAGAGGUAUACAGGACAUUAAGCCAUGAUUUUUUUUUUUUUGAGUAAUGUUAUUAAAGGGGCCUUUAAAAUCCAGGCUGUUCCUUUU